AUGUGCGCGACAGACAACGCGGCCAGCAGCCCGCCUCGUGCUGUAGACGGGGGUCAAGGCAAUAUUGCCGUAGAGGAUCGUGAUAUUAUCGCUGCCGAGGAGGUCACGGAUGAUGACUCUUCGGCUACUGGCCAAAGUGUGGCUUCAUCUAGCACAAGUCUGUCUAGUUCGAUUCUCGACUACCGCUUAGAGAACGGUAGAACCUACCACAAGUACAAGGACGGCAAAUACUACGUUCCUAAUGAUGAGAGAGAGAAUGAUCGACUUGACUUGCAACACAACUUGUUCAUUCGGACAUUUGGCAACCGACUUGGCACUGCACCUCCCAAUGAGCCUGGGUCCAAAGUCGGACGGGUUUUGGAUGUAGGCACAGGCACAGGAAUUUGGGCGAUUGAUUUCGGAGACGAACAUCCAGAGGCCGAGGUUCUCGGUAUCGACUUAUCUCCCGCUCAGCCAGAAUUUGUACCUCCGAAUGUGAGGUUUGAAAUCGACGACCUUGAGGAGCCUUGGACAUACUCACGUCCUUUCGACUACAUCCACAGCCGCAUGAUCACGUCCUGCGUCAAGGAUUGGAAGGCCUACUUUCAACAAAGCUUUGAUCAUCUCAACCCGGGUGGAUAUCUCGAAAUCCACGAGAUUGACGAAGCUGCUGUCAUCUUUGAGCGCCCUUUCGAAGACAUUAAGUCACUGGCUGGUAUUAUGGCUGAUGUUGGCUUCGAAGAUGUCCACUUGGAGAGAUAUAAGUGGCCCACGAAUACAUGGCCGAAAGACCGGAACUACAAAGAAAUCGGAGCGUGGACCUAUGAAAAUCUUGCUGUCAAUUGGGAAGGGUUCAUUAUGGCGCCUCUAACUCGCGCCCACAAUUGGACGAAGGAGGAAGUAAUGCUACUUGCUAUGGAAGCUCGUAAGGAUCUAGGCGACAGAAGCAUCCACGCCUACUUCACCAUAUGGGCGAUCCACGGUCGAAAGCCAUUGAUAGCUAAGUCGACUGAAGAAGCAACUGCGAGUUGA